AUGUCCAUUAAAGAAUUAGAGUCUUAAGAAAAAUCUUAAAUAUUAUUAAAUAAAAUAUCUAGUGCAAUUGCACCCUUUCAAGUAUCAAAUUUAAUAGUAAAGGGAAAUUGUAUUGAAAUUUAUGAAGUAAACUGAUUUUUUUAAUAAAUUAGAGUUAAUACAAUUAGAUAUUGAAAAUUAACAUUGAUGAUAUCUAUAAAAUGACUUGGAUUAAAUUGUACUCUUAAAUUUAAGUUUUUAGUGACUGUAUUCAUGAGGUCACUUUUGAGUAUAAAAAGAAUUUUCAAGAAAAAUAUUUAAUUGAUAAUGAAAGUGGAAGUAGAAGUUUUGAUGUGUUAAAAACAAAAGUUGCCUAAAGCAAUUUUACAAAUAAUUACUAGAGACUUGAAACAAUAAAAUAAAUACAAAAUGGAGAGGUAUAUUAUAUCUAUAUAAUUUAAAGAUAAUCAAAUGUCAUAGUAGAGUAAAUAAAUAAAUCUAUGUGGCAAAAAUACAAAGAAAUAAUCAUUUUAUGAUAGAUAGAGAACUUUAAAUAAAUUUAUACAUAGCUUAGCAUCCACAUGAAAAUGUGGCUAGUAUAAUCGAAUAUUAUUUUGAAAAUGACUAAAUAAUACUUAUAUAUCCUUAUUUCUCUGGUGGUACAUUAAACUAACACGUAAAUUCUAAUGCUAGUGACAUUAAUAUGAUAAAAGUUAAAUCAAUAAUGAAACAAAUUUUAUCAGGAUUGAAUCACAUCCAUAAUCUAGGAAUAAUACAUAGAGAUAUCAAAAUGGAUAAUAUAAUGUUAGAAGACAUCUAUGAUCAUAAGAGUAUAAGGAUUAUUGAUUUCGGAUUUUCAACUUUUAAGGAAAAUCUCAGUUACUUAUGUGAGAAAUGUGGAACUAUUGGGUACUUUGCUCCAGAAAUUAUAAAUGGAAAACAUUAUAAUGAGAAAUGUGAUAUUUAUAGUUUAGCCCAAGUAUUUCAUGUACUUUUAACAGGGAAUCCCAUGUUUGAUAGAAACAUGAAUACAUAAUAGAUAAUUAGAUUAUCAAAACACAAUUUAUUUGCUAUUGAUUAUAGAAAUGUCAAAGACAAAAAGGCAUAGCACUUAUUAUUUAAAAUGCUCGAUUUUUAGGAGAAUAGAUAUACUGUUGUUUAAUGUAGAGAGCAUUCCUACUUCAAUAAAGCCUAGAAUCUAUAACUAAAGUAAUUAUAUUAAUUUAUAUAUAGAAUUCAAUCUGUUGAAACUUUUCAAUUUAAGUCUCCUUUCUGA